GAGGAGGCGGAGUGGUGGCUGCGCGACAGCCGGAGAAGCUAACGGGUAUCGCGGGGGUAGGAGGGGGAACAUGGCUGGAGUGGACGGACACUGCUUGAAAGCCUGACUGGCUUCCGGAGGCGAGUCCAGCAUGGCCGGGCUCAUCAAGAAGCAAAUCCUCAAACACCUGUCCAGGUUUACAAAGAAUCUCUCUCCUGACAAAAUCAAUGUGAGUACGCUUAAAGGGGAGGGCCAGCUGACGAAUCUGGAACUGGAUGAGGAAGUGCUGCAGAAUGUGCUGGAUCUACCCACUUGGCUGGCCAUAACCAGGGUAUACUGCAACAAGGCAGCCAUUAGGAUACAAUGGACGAAGCUCAAGACCCACCCCAUUUGCCUGUUCCUUGAUAAAGUUGAGGUGGAAAUGAGGACCUGUGAGGAACCUCGACCCCCAAAUGGACCAUCUCCAAUUGCAAUUACAGCAGGUCAAAGUGAAUAUGGCUUUGCUGAAAAGGUGGUAGAAGGAAUGUCCAUUGUGGUGAAUUCCAUUGUAGUUAAAAUUGAAGCAAAAGCCUUCAAUACUUCCUUUGAGCUGUGGCAACUUCAAGGUUAUAGUGUUAAUCCCAAGUGGCAGCAAAGUGAUCUCCGAUUCACGAGAAUUACAGAUCCAGAGCGAGGGGAGGUUUUGACUUUUAAGGAAAUAAACUGGCAGACACUCCGUAUCGAAGCUGAUGCUAUCCCAGGUGAUCAGAGCAUUAUCAGUACGCCACUAAGACUGAUCACCAACCAGUCAAAAAUCAAACUUGUGCUUAAGAGAAGGGUGAAAGAUUGCAAUGUGGUGGGCUCGAAGUUAAUGUUCCUAUUGGAUGAUUUGCUGUGGGUUCUGACUGACUCCCAACUGAAAGCAAUGAUUGAAUAUGCACAGUCACUCAGUGAGGCUAUGGAAAAUUCAGCCAAGCAGCGCAAGAGAAUGGCUCCAGAAACUGCAGGGACAAGUGGAUCAAUGCCUAGUACCCAUCAGGCGCGAACACAACCAACUUCCUCAACUAACAGUUCGAACAGCAUUAGCCAGUACUUUGAAAUGUAUGAUGUGAAAGAAUCAUCUUAUCACAGUCAUAUCUCGCGACUGGAUUUGCACAUAUGUGAUGAUGGUUUCUCGCUGGAACAAGGAGGAUCCAAGCAUCGAGUAGCUGGCGGCGCUAUACAGUUAACAUUCAGAAAUUUGAGCCUGGAUUACUACCCCUUCCACUGGGCAAAUGAUAGUUGCAAACAUUGGGUUAGACACUGUGAAACAAUGGAAGCUAGAACACGCUGGGCCCAAGACCUGCUUCAAGAGUUUCAGUCCAAAGUGCAAACAAUAAUAGAUCAUCAUGAAGACACAACAGCUGUAAGAUCACCAACAAAAGAAUCUCCUGGCAAAAGAAAAGGGUCACCGACUCGAAAAGUAACUGCUGGCAAAAGACAUGCAAGCGAUCAGUUGGCAUCAGCUGCUACUUCUGAUUCUCGGCAACCGCCAUGGAGCAGGCUGCGCUCGAGCUGCGUGGUUGUUCGCAUUGAUGACUUGGAUGUUUAUCAAGUUUCAGAGGCAGGUCAGCAUAGUAAGAAGCCCACUACCUUACUUUCCUGCAACAGGACAUCAUACCAUCUUCCAGCUGGCAUGUCAGCAAUUCACCUUGAGUUCACUGAAUACUAUUUUCCUGACAGUAAAGAAUUUCCUGUGCCUUGUCCUAAUCUUUAUGUAAAACUCAAUGCCUUGCAAUUUACAUUGGAUCCAAUCAGCAUGCUGUGGAUGAACUCAUUCUCUUUAGACUUGUAUCAGACUCUACAGCAGUUCAAAGCCAUCUAUAAACUGAAUAAUUCUGUGAAAGUGGAUGAACAUGUUGACUUUUGUAUGAAUGGACUCAUGUUGAAGUUCAUUAUUCCAGUGGACAAGAAGGUAACGGCUCAUCCAGACAGACCACAGUACCUCACCAUUCAGACUUCAGAUGUUGUGGCUACCAACACCCGACACUCAGUAAACUGCACACACUCCGAUCUUCAAACGGUGCUAAAAGCCUUCAAGGACUUUGAAUUCUUUCACGUGUCACAUAAGGAGUUCCCUAAAUGUGCAGACAGUUUUGAUGUGCUGCAAAAUGUUUUCUUCCAUCAUGCUUUUGAGCAUCAAAUCAAAUUGGACAGAAUACACACACAAAAGAAUUGUGCCUAUGAUGCAUUAAAGGCAUUGUCAGCUGCGGAUAUUUGGUCGCUCCAUUUUUCCCUGCUCUGGUUGGACUUUGACGGCAUUGAGAGUUCAAAGGGCAGGCCUUUGAACUUUGUGGAUGCAUUUCCCCUCUCUAUCUGGGUGUCCCAACCAACUAAGUUACAGAAAGCCAAGGAAUUAGCCAGUCAUUCAGCGUCUGAAUAUAGCACUGAUUUAGAAGAUUGCAACCGUUGUUUGGGCCAUGAAUUGAAUUUGCUCAGCUGCACAGAGUCCUUUGGAAAUGGGUUACAAGCUAAUGCAAAGCAGGAUUUUAAGAGCACAGAAAUGCUGAAAUCUUUCGAAGAGAUUGGACAACAAAGAGAUUUGAAAGAAUCCAGCACAAAGGAUGAUUCUGAGGCAGAUAUACAUGUUCUAGUGUACAGUACUGCCCAUGUAAAAGCACACAUGAACCACUACCAUUACCUUGUACUACUCAGACUGAAGGAGUGUCUCACUCAGCUACAGGAGGACCUAUAUCAGGAUACUGAAAGGUUGACUAAAAGCCCAGUUAAACCUGGCAGUAUUUGCAUAGGACUGUUGUUAAAGAGUGCAGAAAUUGCGUUACUGCUUCAUCCUAUACCAACCACAGAUGUUGAUGCCAAAUCACAGGAGUCUGAAAGCACAAGCCUUGCUGAAUCAGAACUUUCACCUUCUGAAAGUAAAGAAAGCCUAACUAUGGAGGUUAAGCCCUUGAACAGAGCAACAGCUGAUCAGCUGAACAAUACCAUCAGUUCUAUGGAUGACAGUGGGCUUCACAAUGGGGAUUUGAGUAUUGGAACCUCAUUAGAUCAUGGUGUUUUGCCACAAGAUGAUAUGGUUGUGAGCAGUGCUCCUGUUUCUAACACUGAAGAGGUGGCGAGUCAAACACUUGAAAAAGGACUUGUAGAAGAAGCAUAUGAAGCAGUGGAGUCACUGCAGGCUGAACGUCAUGAGGAUGUCAUUGAUCGCUCCACCUCUAACCCCACUUUAGCCACAAGCACAUCUUUGAUUUUAGACCCACAGAAAAGGAGCAGAGCAUCUGAUGGCAAUGUCCAGACUGAUCUCACUCCAUUCGGGAAUGUCGAAGUAGAUUCAACUCCAUUGAGUGUAACAAAGGAUGUUGCAAAAGAAGCUCUGCUCAUAACUGUGGAUUUAACUAAGGAGGCUGUUUGUCUCACAAAAGAUGCUUUCAGUCUCAGCAAAGAGAAGAUGGCCAACACAAUGCAAAAGAUGCUUUCUCUGUCAUCCUCUAGAGAACAGCUGUCUAAAGGUGAAGACAGUUUAUCCUCCUCCUUAUCCAGCACCAAACUGCGAUUUUUAAACAUGAAACGUACCAAUUCGCAGCAUUCCCUGGAUGCUACAUCACUUGAUGGCAGCCUGACAGAAGAUCGAAUAUCUGUGGACAGUGACAGCAGUGAGAAGUAUGUUAUCCUCCUGGAAGCAGAAUCUGGACAGGAAUCACUUCCUCCAGAUACCAGCAUAAAUAUGGCAGGUGGAAUGGGCAGCAAUCCGAGUCUGGAAUGUAUAGAUGGAGGACAUAGAGCAGAGGGCUUUGACAAACCUACCAUCACCAGCUCAUCAACUCAGAGUGAGGAGGAUUCUAAUGCAGAACAGGCUUCCGUGUUGUUGCUGAAGAUAUUUGAUUUGAAUUGUGGGAUUGACAUAAGAGGUGAUGACCUUUCCAUUGGCGUUCAGGCAAAGGAAGUGAUUCUUGACCAGUUGGGCAACGUGGGAGCGCAGCAGUUUCUGAGCAGCCAUACAACUGGUUUUCAGAAGGCCUGUGCACUGGAGUCAAGCAGAACCCAACCUGCGGUGUGUUUGAGAUUCGACUCUGGACCGCACUCAGCUGUUCACUCUCCACUUGCUGUAAAGAACGGAUUUCUGCAAUUCCACAUCAAUAAUUACAAUGCAGAGCUGCUGAUGUCAUCUCUCACAAACCUGGGCCCAUUCUUGGAGGAUGAAAUCAUCCCAGAAGUGAUUCCAAUGAAGAUAGAACUUUUUAACUGUAGAAUUACUCUGAAGGAUGAUGCCCCACGAUUAUAUUCCACAUCCCCUGGUCCUGUACCUAUAAAUCUUGAUGUUGAUCACCUCAUGGUUCAGCGGGUUGAUGACGGGACAUUUUGUAUAAGGGCCUUGCAGACAGGUCAAAAUGAACCAGUCUUGGAAAAACUGGAGAAUCAUUUGGUCACAACUGGAUCGCAUCAGAUCAAACUUGGAUCAGUGAAAACUGGAGGGAUGCAGUCACUGUCAGAGGGUCAGAGUUCAUCAGAUCUGGGCAUCAGCACCAGCAAGGAUAUGAAUGAGCUCCUUAGGCAGGAACUUGCCAGCAUGAAGGAAGCUUUGACAAAGGCAAACCAAGAUCAAGAGAGAUUGCUGCAAGAAAUCAAGAAACUGAAUCCUGACUUUAAGCUUUGAUGGUUACUACAGCCCAGCAUAUUGUUGUCACUGCCAACAGCCCAAACACUAUCUAAUUGGAACAGACCUCACCUGGUGAUUUAUUACUGGAAAAAGCAGAUCAGCGUAAACCUAGAGUCACCAAGUGAACCCAGCAGCAACAGGCACAAGAGUGAGGUCUUCAAAUCUGCACAGAAGAGACCCUACUUAUGUUCCAAUGAUAUUUUGUAUUAACUUGUGUCAAGAUGACAGUAUCUUGGUUCUUACAUGUAGCACUUUUGACGUGUGAUUAUGAUGGUUAUAGGAAUGCAUAGUAACUGCAGAUAGUUAAGUUGGUAACCACCCUUGUUUAAAAAGUCUGGAGUAAGUAGCUUGCAACCAUUAUGGCAGGAGGCCUCUGGCAGUAGCAGUUGGUUUGGCACAUUUGGAUGAAGGACAGGAAGGAAUGUUAAAAAUACUGUGCAUGUGAUCACCUGGGAGCAUUUAUACAAACAGAAUAAUAUUGGAUUGAUUUAGCAGCUCGACCUGCAAAUAAAGGUGCUUCUUAGUAGCCUUGUGCUCCCUAAUAUUUAUCAUUUGUGUACAUAUGCUACACAUCUUGCAGAUAAAAGUUUAUUUAUAACAUGUACUUUGAAGCCACUUGCCACCUUCGGCAGCCGUCAUGCAAAUAUGGUUUUUGGUGAAUUUGUUCCCUGAGUAAUUCUGUUUUUGUUUUUGUUUUGGAUUUCCAGCAUCCGCAGUUUUUUUUGUUUUUAUCUCUUGUUCCCUGAGUAGUUGAGGCUGUUGUUGCAAGCUCUGCCUGCAAAAUAGAAAUAGUCAAUGGUAAUGAGUUGAAAAACCAGGAUAAAACAUUAAAAGUCCCUUUGCGUUUAAACUAACUUCUGCUGGAGUUAUCCUGAAAAUCCCCUGAAUGUUGCAGUCUUCCUUGUUAUGAACGACUAUUGAUGUAGCUAACUUGGUGAACUAAUCUGCUAUGUUGGUGAGAAUUCCUCAUGAAGAGCAUCCUGCCAGAAUGGACGGCAGCAAGUUUGAGCUCCUGAGUAAUCUGUCAUGCAAGUUGGUUUGCACCGAUUGAUGGCAGGUCAUAUUUUCAGCAGGACUUUCUAAUCUGUUACCUAGUUAAUGAUCAUGACACACUCACUGUGGGUGGGAAUGAGGGUGGAAAAUCUUGGUAAAUCAGCUUCUAUGCAACUUGGCUUGUUGCAGAUUAACAGUGAUCAGGUUUCUGGAGUAGUCCAUAGCUCAAGCUGUUGCUGUCUUGUUUUCCUCCUUUCUCCAUCUCCCUUUUCCCCAUAAAGCAUCUCUUGCUGAUGAGUUUCUGUAUUUUAUUUUUCAACAUCUGCUAAAUCCAAAACCCUAAGCAAAACACAACAUUAUGUUAAUGCCGAGUUAGAAUUAGUUGUGACAUUUGCAAAGUAGCACCAGCCACAGGGUCCAUAACUUGAUUUUAACCUUACAGGACUGAGCAAACUGAGUGCCCGGUGUGGUAUAUAGGCCAUACCUUUGUCCAAUUGUUGCUAUCUUCUUUACACAAGGGAGUGACUUGAACACUAAAAUAGGGAGUCAUUUAUAAGUGGGGUAAUGUAUGCACUAUAUAUUGUGUUUUAGUCAAUUAAUUUCAGCUGAUAUAGUAUUGGCAAAAUGUGUUAUAAUCUCUGGAUGCUAAUUAUAAUUUCUCUGCCAUUACCUAAAUUUCCUCCAUGGAGACAAAUUCUUUUUACCUGCUGUUGCCCAUUGGUUACUCGGGAGUGAAUGGAUGAAUCGUAGUAGCAGGUGCUGAGCUUCUCCGAAUUUUGUAGUUAGAUUUACAUAAGCCUCAAUUUAUAGCAGAGACUUCAUUCAGGGAAAUAUGCGUUCUCCUGUCAUUGAAUUUUUUUUUUGUUUACAUGCACAGUUCUUCCCAAAACAAGUUGCAAUCUUAAAUUGUGAUUCUGUAAUCUUAAAAUAGAGUUUAUGAAUGGAGCUCAAUGAGAUCGUUCAAUUGUUUCUAUGGGGUUCUUGGUCCAUUGUAUAUUGGAAUCCCAACCCAUUCGUUUCAAAACUAAGUAAAAGCUGCACCUUGUAGAUUUGUUACUUGUCCGGUAUGAAAUGGUUAUGAAUCCCCAAAA